CGCGUUUGCCCUCUCUCUCUCUCUCUCUCUCUCAUUCAUUUCUGGUAUUGGAAUUGUUUUGUAGUUACUCCAUCCUCUUUCCUUUUCCCCUUGGAAUCCCAUAUAUUCAUUACAAAUCGAAACGACACGCCUCCCCUUUUGUGGUUGCAUUCUCUCUCUUUCUGGGUAAAAUUCUCUUUCCUUUUUGAAGUUUAGAUCUCUUCAGUUGUUUGUUUGUUUUUCGGUUUUUUUUUUAAUUUGAAAAAAUUCAUUAAUUAAUUAAUAAAAUUCGAAUUUUGUGUUUGUAUUUUCUUCCCAUUAAUUAUUGCAAUUGUGUGAUAUAUAAUCUUCUAAUGUUGAUUUGCGAUGACGACGACGCAUCCGGAUUUUUCUGUUGUGUCUGAUUUUGGGUUUUUAGAUACUCGGUGGUGAUUUGUGGCUGCGGUGGCUUUGUUUCAAUCGUCUUGAGAGAUGGAGGAAGCUGUGGGUGGGAGGUAUUGGUGUCACAUGUGCUCUCAGGUGGUGAACCCUAUUAUGGAAGUUGAGAUCAAAUGCCCCUUCUGUCGAAAUGGAUUUGUGGAGGAACUAAACAGCAGCACAAGGGAUAAUCAUCCUCAUGAUAAUGAUACUCACCCUGAUUUAGGCUCAGAUCGAGCCCUCUCCCUCUGGGCUCCAAUCUUGUUGGGCAUUAUGGGUGGUCCCCGUCGCCGUCAAAGAUUGAUACAUGGAUUAGAAGAUGAUGAGGAUGAGAAUGAUGGUGAUGAGGGACAGCACAGGGGAAGGGGAGAGACAGAACUUGAUCGGGAGCUCGACUCGAUCAUCCGGAGGCGGAGAAGAAGCUCUGCUACCAUUCUUCAAUUGCUUCAAGGCAUUCGAGCUGGAAUGCCAUCCGAAUUGGAGAAUCUCGAGGGCAAUAGAGACAGAGAACGCUUCAUUCUAAUUAAUCCCUCCAAUCAAACUAUCAUUGUUCAAGGUUCCUAUGAUUCAAAUCAAGCCCAAAAUCCUAAUCAGAGCCGAGUUGGAUCCCUCGGGGACUAUUUCAUUGGCCCUGGAUUAGAUUUGUUACUGCAACAUCUGGCAGAGAAUGAUCCAAACAGAUAUGGCACUCCACCAGCACGAAAAAAGGCAGUGGAAGCAAUGCCCACUGUGACGGUGGAGGAGCAUGUGCAAUGCUCAGUGUGUUUGGAUGAUUUUGAGAUCGGGGCAGAGGCAAGGGAAAUGCCCUGCAAGCAUAAAUUCCACAGUGGGUGUAUUCUGCCAUGGCUGGAGCUUCAUAGUUCUUGUCCUGUUUGCAGAUUUCUGAUGCCUGCUGAGGAAUCCAAGUUGGAUUCCUCCGAUAGUAAUGGUAACAGCAGGGGGGAGAGGAACAGCAACAGUCAUAGUGGUGGUGGUGGUGAAGGGCAAGAGAAUGGGGAUGUGAGGAACGGAAAUGGGAGAAGAUUUUCAAUCCUGUGGCCAUUUAAUGGGUUGUUUUCCUCAGGUGGUGGUGGGAAUUCUUCCUCUGUCGGUUCUUCAUCAUCAUCAAAUUUUCGUGGAGGUGCUUCUCGCACAAAUGAGAGUUGAAUUUUAAUGAGUUCAUUCGGGUAUUUUUUUUCUCUUCUUUGUUGUUUGGAUGUCAAUGCCUUGCUUAUGUAAAUAGUGUUUGACUAAAUCUAAAUCUGGGAAGUUGCAUGUUCCAUAUUUAUUUUACUUGAUCUGAAUUUAAAAACUACAAAUUUCCAUC